UGUUGUCACGCCUGUUAGACACUGUGGACUCCUGCUCGUUUGCAUAAACCGCUUAUAAAGUAGGUUUUCGUUUUCUCACCAAAAUGCCGAAGACGUCCCGGUAUGCGGUAAUUGUGGACAACAUUAGCAGCACCACGCCUGUGCGCGAUAUUGAGCGCGAGUUCGCGUAUUAUGGCCGUAUUCGCAAUUGCGUCAAGGAUGGCAAGCACAGGCUUGCUUUGAUAGAAUUUGAGAAGUCGCUGGACGCACAAGCAGCAUGGCGGAAGAUGGAUGGCUUCCGAAUGGACGGCCGGACCUGGAAGGUGGAUUGGGCCACGCGCGAUGACUUUCGCUUCUUUGGUUGGAAAUGGUUUGAGUACUCCCCCUCGCCUGUCAGGUCGCGUUCCCGGUCGCGUGGUCGUUCUCGGUCGCCGUCUCGUGGGCGUGGCCGAUCGUAUUCACGGGGCCGUGGCCGCUCACCGUCUCGCUCUCCGCGCCGAUCGCGGUCGCCCGACACGCCGCACGGCAAGGAUGACCGGCCACGGGACGCGUCCAAGUCGACGUCGCCGCCGCCUCGUCGGGAUGAGCACGGGGCCAGGAAGGGCGGGGAAGAUGACAACUGUGUUAGGUCGCCUUCUCCGGACCGGGAUUGAAGCUAGUAACUACCGUGCACACAGUUACAUGCAUUCACGGUCAGCUAUGACGAGGGUGAUGAUGAGAGUGUGUUAUCGGGAUGUAAUAGGGCCGGUAUGCUAGGCCCUACUGCUGGCACGUCACCUGAGGGCCUGCCUUACGCAAGGGAGGGAUUUCGUGCGAUGAAGUGGAGAGGACAGGCAAGGGAUACUGGAAUUAUAAAUUUUAGAGCGGUAGGUAAGUCGCGAUGGUAGUCCAGCGCUGCCCUUGGGAUGCGACCGUUUCCUCAGGCUGGUGGCUGGGUCGGAGCCCCAGAGGUCUGCAUGCGCUGAGCGAGGCGAUGCGUUCCCUUGGUUGGGGCGGCGUAAAACCCCGCGUUACAUGUGUGUGUAGGGGCAAGUGACUGUGGUUCCUGUUGACUUGACUGACAUCGCCGCAUACAUUGUGCAUACAGACCUCCUGCACGGAUGGGAUUGGAAUUCAUUGACAUACGCCAGGCGCUGCAGGGGUGUGCGUCGUUUUGCAGCUUGAAACUGGCCGUUGCUGGGGUUAGGAAUGAAAUGGGAUUCUGUGCCGAUGAUGAUAGCAGGCACAAGCUAACUGAUAGGUUAUUAGCAGUGUGCGCCAGCCAGCCCAAUAGCUGGUGCUGGAUUGGCGAAUGCUUUAAAAUUUUAUCAACAAUUGUUGGACUGGGGGGUUGGGAGCCUAGGGCAAGCCGAACUUUGCGGUUGGGUUGCGGCUUGGAACAGUCGGCCGAGCGGGUGGAUGAUCCUCUGUUGGAGCUCUCUGAAGGAAUGUUUGGUUAUCUGUAUCGCGCCAAGUGCGGUUGCCAAGUGGGAUUCUGGUCAUUAUCCGGGUUGAUAUGGCAACAAGGUUACCGCAUUCUAGGUCUCAAAGCGGCCUUGCUGAGAAGGAUGCUCCUCAAAAGGGUAGCGGUAAAGUGUUCAAAGUCUUCUUUCAAGCGGUAACACUUUAGAAAG